AAAGUAUAAUAUUGAGGGCUAUUUUAUAUAUAAAAAAAAUCAAGAUGGCAGAUAAGCUUAGAAUCCAGUCUCAGCUUGAACAGCUUCAACAAAAGUAUAUUGGGACAGGACAUGCAGAUACAACAAAAUAUGAAUGGAUUUCAAAUCAACAUAGAGACUCAUAUGCAUCAUAUCUUGGACAUCCUCAUUUGUUAAAUUUUUUUGCGGUCGCAAGUAAUGAUAGUCGAGAACGAGUUCGAUUAAAUAUGAUUGAAAAAAUGGUUCUACCAUGUGGUCUUCCAAUUAUUAAAGAUGAUUUAUGACGAUUUAAUUAUGAAUUCAAUAGAAUUUAUUUAUAAAUGAUAAAUA